AUUGAUGUCAAAAUGCAGCUUUAUUUGGAUAAACUGCAACUUCACGCGGUCACGCCUUCAUCAUUUAUUGUACUUUCUAGUUUCAACAAUCAGCGGCGGGGAAAAAACUGAAGCCGCGUCAGACUUCAAGUUGGGUUUGAGAGUUAGAGACCCCAAAUAGAAACUCUCCAUCUUUACUUUUCGUUGCAUUCGUUAUUCACUUCCACUGCACGAUCAAUUUUUAGAUUUGUUUUCGAUCCCCAAAACUCCCAAUUUCCACUGUUUCAUCAUCGCCAUGGACGCCGCUGUUAAGCAAGAAAUCAGUGAAGCUGGAGAACUAACGAUGGGAACCGCUCCGCCCAAGGCUUCUGUUUCUAAUCCGGAUGUAAUCGAACUCAGUAGCAGCGGCUCUGAUGACGACUCCGACGAUGAUUCCGUACUCGUUAAAAGGUCUCGAGAUUCGAACGGCGUCGAUGGAGAUUCAUCCAAGAAGCAGAAGUUCGAUGUAGUGUUACCUCUUGGCUUCCUCGAUCCCCUGCCACCGGAAGAACCUGUGCCUAUGCGGGAGACCGUCACGCCUCCUCAACCUCAAGGUGUUGCUUCGAGUUGCAAGCAGUUCUGGAAAGCCGGGGAUUACGAGGGCGCUCCUGGCGAUUGCCCGACAUCGUCUCUGAGUGGCAUGGAUCAUGUCAGGGUGCAUCCCAAGUUUCUGCAUUCAAAUGCUACUAGCCAUAAAUGGGCUCUUGGAGCUUUUGCAGAGCUCCUGGACAAUUCUUUAGAUGAGAUAUGCCAUGGAGCUACAUAUGUUAAUAUAGAUAUGCUGAAAAAUGAAAAGGAUGGUAGCAGAGUGUUGCUGGUUGAAGAUAAUGGUGGUGGGAUGGAUCCAGAUAAAAUGCGACAAUGCAUGUCUCUUGGAUAUUCUGCAAAAAGCAAAUUGGCAAAUACAAUUGGACAAUAUGGAAAUGGCUUCAAGACAAGUACCAUGAGGCUUGGAGCAGAUGUUAUUGUAUUUUCACGUUGUCAUGGAAAAGAUGGGAAAAGCCCCACACAAAGUAUUGGAAUGCUUUCGUACACAUUUUUGAGGAGUACAGGGAAGGAGGAUAUUGUAGUCCCCAUGAUCGACUAUGAGAAAGUAGGAAGCAAUUGGAAAAAGGUGUUGCGGUCAUCACCUGGUGAUUGGAAUACAAAUUUAGAUACUAUUGUACAGUGGUCACCUUAUUCAGAUGAAGACGAUCUUCUUCAGCAGUUCAAUUAUUUGAAAGAACAAGGUACACGCAUACUCAUAUAUAAUCUUUGGGAGGAUGACCAAGGAGAAUUGGAACUUGAUUUUGACACAGAUCCUCAUGAUAUUCAGAUUAGAGGUGUCAAUCGAGAUGAGAAGAAGAUACAGAUGGCAAAGCAGUUCCCUAAUUCUAGGCAUUUCCUGACUUACCGACAUUCGCUAAGGAGUUAUUCAUCAAUUCUUUAUCUUAGACUUCCACAUGGCUUCAGAAUUAUUCUACGUGGGAAAGAUGUUGAGCAUCACAACUUGGUGAAAGAUAUGAUGUUAACAGAAAAAAUCACAUACAGGCCACAGCCUGGUGCAUAUGGGGUUCCCAAGGAAUCAAAUAUGGUUGCUGUUGUGACAAUUGGGUUUGUCAAGGAUGCAAAAGAUCAUAUUGAUAUUCAAGGAUUCAAUGUUUAUCACAAGAACCGACUUAUUAAACCAUUCUGGAGGGUCUGGAAUGCUGCAGGGAGUGAUGGUCGGGGAGUUAUAGGUGUGUUGGAAGCUAAUUUUGUUGAACCAGCUCAUGAUAAACAAGGAUUUGAACGUACUACGGUUCUUUCAAGACUCGAGGCACGAUUAGUACAGAUGCAAAAAAAUUACUGGUCCACCAACUGUCAUAAAAUUGGCUAUGCUCCUCGGCGUCAAAAGAAGCUUGUUGAGUCUGCAAGUGGAGAGUCUUCACCUGAGUAUCUUCCUCACCGAUCAAAGCAUUCAGAAAAAGCUGCCUCCCCAAGCAGAAGAAGAGAGCCUGAACGAUCUCUUAAAACAGUUGACCCCAAACAUGGGAAUGCACACAUGAAUGAUAAAGGGGAAAAUGGAACAAAGAACACAAAAGGAUCAACUUCUAAAGAACCAUUGCCACCUUUUCUUGAAGAUGAUAGUGACACAGAGAUUCGAACUGUUCCUCUUGAGAGAGUGAUAAAGGGCAGUAGUAACAAGACAUCCCCUAAGAAAUCUUUCACAAAAGAUGGUUCUCUCACAAAAGAGUUCUCUCAUCCAUGUUCAGGAACUUGCAAAGCUCAAAGAGAUGAUUUAUCAAAUGGGCAUACUGCUAGAAGUUCACAGGCAAAGGCAGCUGAUAGGCGUGCCCAUUCCAGUUAUAGCGAAGAUGGUCUAAAUCAGCUGGGCAGAGAGGAUUAUAUGUCUGACAGAUUAAGGAAAGUGGAGGCUGCUUUACAAUUUGAAAGAGAUAGAUGUAAAUCACUAGAAGACCGACUUAACGAGGCAGAGCAAAGGAUUGAGGAGAUGAACAAGGAACAAGAGGCUUUGAUAGACAUAUUUUCAGAAGAGAGGAAUCGGAGAGACAGUGAAGAGGAGAAUUUGAGGAAAAAGUUGAAGGAUGCUUCUAAUACUAUACAAGAGUUGUUAGAUAAAGUAAGGCUGCUGGAGAAAAUGAGGUCUCCUAAGUCCUAAUUGUAAAAUGGAUCAUUAAAGAUGCUGGUGCCCCUUGCUGAAGGUGACUUAAUGGAACAUUGUUGUGGUUUCAAUUUCUCUGAGCAAUUUACACUCUUAUACACAACUAGUUGUUGAUCAUGCUGACCCAAGGAUACGUAAUUAGUUAUAUUUUGGCAAGCUGAUCAGAUUGGUGUCCAACUGUUCAUACAUCUUUAGAGGGAUCGUUGAAUGACGCAGUGUCUGGAGAAAGGAGGGAAGCUCUCUGGGGAAGUGAGAAUAUCUUUGUAUUAACAACUAUGUCACUAUAUUUCUGUCUAGAUUAUUUAUCUCUAAUUCUCUAUGUACACUUACCAAAAAGAUUCUAUCUCCAUGUACAGUUAUUUAUUUUAGUGUAACAUUUUUUUUUUUUGCUGAAAAUGCUAGUGAAGACUUUUUAAGCUGUAUCCUUGCAUUUGGUCUGACUGGUCAAAUUAUUGAUGUGGUUUAAAGGGUACUGAAUGGAUUUUUGAAGGGGUGGAUAUUUUCUUUUUA